AUGGUACAAAAGAAAGAGAUUAUUCGAUUAGAGCGUGAAUCCGUCAUUGGAGUUAUCAAGCCCAGACUCAUCAUGACCUUGGCCAAUCUCAUCGAGCAAAGUUCUGACCGGACAGAGUUUUUGAAGCUUUGCAAGAGGGUUGAGUACACAAUUAGGGCUUGGUAUCUUCUACAAUUUGAGGAUUUGAUGCAACUCUACUCCCUAUUUGAUCCUGUUCAUGGAGCCCGGAUGUUGGAACAACAGAAACUUGAUGAUAAAGAAAUUGAUGUGCUUGAACAAAAUUUCCUCACCUACUUGUUUCAGGUGAUGGAAAAGAGUAAUUUUAAGAUUGCAGAUAAUGAAGAAAUCGAGGUUGCAACUUCAGGGCAGUAUCUUCUAAAUCUUCCCAUCGUGGUUGAUGAGUCUAAGCUUGACAACAAACUUUUGAAGAAGUAUUUUGAAGAUCAUCCUACCGAAAACAUUCCAGAUUUUUCUGAUAAGUAUGUCAUCUUCCGACGCGGCAUUGGACUUGACAAGACAACCAAUUGGUUUUUCAUGGAGAAGAUGGACAUCAUUAUUUCACGUUUCUGGAAAUAUCUUUUACGAAUAACUAAGAUAGAAAAAAUUUUCAUGAAACCAACCUUUAGGAAGAGGGACUCAGAAUCUGAUACAGAUGAGGAUGAUUUCUUUGUUGAACGAAUCCGUCUUGAAAACAUGGAACUAACCCCUCAAACUUUGCUUCGUAUGAACACAAUCCAGGAGCCAACUUUUGAUAGGAUUAUUGUGGUUUACAGGCAAGCGACUACCGUCGAGGAUCGUCCAGAACGGGGAAUACAUAUCAAACAUUUCAAAAGUAUACCCAUGGCUGAUUUGGAGAUAGUUCUUCCUGAAAAGAAGAACCCAGGUUUAAAACCAAUGGACUGGCUCUCCUUCAUUGCUUCUGCUGUAGUUGGUCUGGUUGCUGUUGUUACUUCGAUUGAAACUUCUAAAGUCGAUCUUUGGGUUAUUUUUGCAAUUAUUUCCACUGUGAUUGGUUACUGUGCUAAGACAUAUUUCAGUUUUCAGCAGAACUUAGCUCAAUAUCAGAACUUGAUAACACAGUCCAUGUACGAAAAACAACUAGAUAGCGGAAGAGGAACCCUUCUUCACUUGUGUGAUGACGUGAUUCAACGGGAAGUCAAGGAAGUAAUAGUUUGUUUCUAUAUGUUAAUGGAACAAGGGAAAGCUACUUUAACAGAUCUGGACAGGUGGUGUGAGGACCUCAUUAAAGAACAGUUCAACGACGAUAUCAAUUUUGAUGUGGACGAUGCAGUUAAGAAGUUGGAGAAAUUGGGAAUUGUUACUCGGGAUGCCCUUGGACGGUAUAGCAUUGUGGGGCUGAAACGUGCUAACGAGGUUAUUGGCAUCACCACUGAGGAGGUUGUUCUCAAGGCAAAACAAGAUGCUGCUUAUGCUCCUGCUUCUCCUGCAGGCCAGGGCGCUGACUAUAGAUAA